UAGUCAGCAGGUACACCGCAGUAAGAACGUACCGGUAUAUAUGUGUCAUUAAAUACACAGAUGACAGGGGGAAUAGAUCGUUUACUGCUUUUACUGUAGCUACAUUACAGCACAACGAAAUUGAGACGAUAUCGCACCGAAACGUACAAGAUGGCGGAGAGUCAGUGCGUUGUGAAGUUAGGUCGGUACAGGGUCAACAUGCUGGAUAAACUGGGACAAGGCGCCUUUGGAGUGGUCUACAGAGGGGUUGAUACUAAAACUGAGACUCAGAUUGCAGCAAAGCAGAUAGAAUUAAAAGAAACUCCCGAAGGCGGGGACGCACUGGCAGAGCUUAAAGCUAUGCAGAGCGUCCCGUCACACGACAACAUAAUAAAACUUCUGGACUUCCAAUACCAUGGUAACUCCUACUGGAUCCUGGUGGAGUACUGCGACUGUGGCGACCUCACCGCUUAUUUCAAGAACUACACGCCAGUCCCGGAUGCUACAAAGCUGGAGUUGAUGCUCCAAGUGAGCGCCGCAGUGAACCACUUGCAUUCUCAACCAGAGCCAGUAACACACAGGGAUCUGAAGCCACAGAAUAUAAUGUUGCGUUAUGGCGCCACAGAUGACCGCCCUGUCGUCAAGGUAACGGACUUUGGACUCAGCAAAUCUGCAGACACAGGAAAGACUUUCCUCAUGAACACGGUGGCCGGGACGCCAUGUUUUAUGUCCCCGGAGCAGUUCUCACAGGAGGGGUACACGUCUUCUGUUGACAUCUUCGCCAUGGGGCUGAUUUUUCUCGGAAUGAUAAAUUUUGAUGAAGUUCAAGAUAUUCUGCCAAUGUACAAAGAGGACAUAGACUCUGGAAUGGCUAUUCCCCCCGGGUUGCAGUUAGUGAACGCGGCGAGGGCGGGGUUAGACCCCCCGGUGUUGGUCAAACAACGGUCGUCUGACGGGACUUUGGUGGAACAAGUGAAAAAAGUGAUAGAAAAAAUGGUUUGCUUUGACAAGUCGAACAGGCCCCUCUCCAAAGAAGUCACCGAAAUGCUUCAAGAGAUAUUCGGUCAAAUCUCAAAACUACCGCCACCACCUCCGAAACCAAAGGCAGAGCCCAUUGCACUGCUUGAACAACAUCGCGCAGAGACGAGAUCAGACGAGAAAAAUACGAAAAAUACGGGAGCAGACGAUGACUUGACCGAUUUUUCCCUGAAGAUGGCCCACCAAAUGUUUGAGGAAGACUUGGCACGCGCAGCGGGAGAGGGGAGUGGCGGAAUUGGACUUUUACGAGCUUUAGAAGAAAGAAGAUCUCGAUUUGAAGACUUGCUCAAGGGGAUCGCGUCUGAUGACAGCGAUGACGACGAAGAUACUGAGGGUGAUCUAGCAAAGGUUACAAUAUCACUUGCACAAUUAAACGGCACCGAAAUACCUGCAUAUUGCCCAUGA